AUGAACAAGACUCUCAUCUUAGCUUUAGUUGGUGUUUUGGCUUUAACUGCCACCACCUUGGUUGCUUUCCACAACCACUCUCACAACAUCAGAGUUGACUAAGACCCCGCCACUCUCUUCAAGCAAUUCAAGCAAACUUACAAUAAGAAGUAUGCUGAUCCUACUUUCGAAACCUACAGAUUCGGUGUCUUCACCCAAAACUUAGAAAUCGUCAAGACUGACUCUACUUUCGGUGUCACCUAAUUCAUGGACUUAACUCCUGCUGAAUUCGCUCAACAAUUCCUCACUUUACACGAAAAGGUUAACAGCACCGAAGUUUACAGAGCUUAAGGUGAAGCUACCGAAGUUGACUGGACUGCCAAGGGUAAGGUCACCCCUGUUAAGAACUAAGGUUCUUGUGGUUCCUGCUGGGCUUUCUCCACCAUUGGUGCCGUUGAAUCUGCUCUUUUGAUUGCUGGUCAAGGUGAAUAAAACACUCUUAACCUUGCUGAAUAAGAAUUAGUUGACUGUGCUAAGUCCCCCAAGUACGACUCUGAAGGUUGCAACGGUGGUUGGAUGGUUGAAGGUUUCAAGUACAUCAUCGACAACAAGAUCUCCUAAACUGCUAACUAUCCCUACACUGCUAAGGAUGGUAAGUGCAAGGACACCUCUUCCUUCAAGAAGUUCUCUAUUUCUAAGUACGCUGAAAUCCCCUAAGGUGACUGCAACUCCCUCAACUCUGCCUUAGAACAAGGUCCUAUCUCCGUUGCUGUUGAUGCCACCAACUUCUAAUUCUACACUUCUGGUGUCUUUAAAAACUGCAAGGCCAACCUCAACCACGGUGUCCUCUUAGUUGCCAACGUUGACUCUUCUCUCAAGAUCAAGAACUCCUGGGGUCCUUCUUGGGGUGAAAAGGGUUUCAUCAGAUUAGCUGCCGGUAACACUUGCGGUGUCUGCAAUGCUGCCUCUUACCCUAUUGUUUGA